AUGCUCGCACGAGCUGUCUGUUGUGUGCUGAUCCUGUCUCUCUUGCAUGCGGCACUUCCUGAAGACGUCGAGCCAGUGGCAACGACCGAGGGCAUUGGCUCCGAUGCAGUUGUUGAGCUGAGGGCGAGCAGCGAAUUCAUCGAAAAUGCUGGGACAGGACCAAAUGAAGCCUUCAUUUCCAGACCAAUGGACGAAAACGAUGAGAGUUUAGCUUUGGAUGGCGACAACACCAUUCUACCUGAAUCGAACUACCAUGAAGAAGCGCAGGAGGACGGGAGUGCUGUUGUUGCUUCGACCGAAAACAAAACUUCAGAAGAUCUUGCCGGCAUGGCUGAAAACGAGAUAAUUGAAGUGGAUGACGAGAGCCAGGAGGCGGACUCAAUGGAAGAGAGCGGUCCACCUUGCAGCCUCUUCCUCAGCGGGAUUCCUUACGACUGCCGCGCAAGGGAAAUCUACAACAUGUUUCGUCUCUUCCCUGGCUUCAGGUACAGCACCCUGCAUCGCAACGGGAAGAUACUGGUGGCGUUUGUGACGUUCGAAACUCCUGAUCAGGCCAUAAAUGCAGGGAGACAGGUCAACGGGACCCGGUUCGAUCCUUACGUCCGACUCUCCUUGCGGGUCCACGUGGCACACAGAACAAGCACUAUCCCGCGGGACAAAGCAGCUAAAGGGUUCAUAGACUUCACUGGCAUUGUCACCUACAACCCUGACAAGUUUCUCUCCUCUUCGGAUAGACAGUCCUUGGCAGGUAACGGUGCUGGCCGUAGACUUCCCUCGGAAAAUGUGCAGGAUGGACAGAACUGGAGGAGAAUGGACCGCACCUUCAACGACAGGCGGCAGCUCAAUCCGCGCAAUCGCGAGAUGCGAGAUCCUCAUCAGCUACAUCAUGAGAAUGCAGGACGAGACGGUUUGCCGCAGGGGCUCAGUCCGGAUUUGAUAUUGAAGCAACUUGAGGAUGAGGGGCAGUUGGAUCCUUCCCGCCGGAAUGGCAACCAGGAUGCGACGUCAGUGUUACUAGAGCAUCUCCAGAAGCUACGAGGGGUACAGAAAAAACCGGAUCGUGAUCAUCAAGGAGGGGAAACGACAGAGGUAUCCGACACGCUUUUCUUGCAUCAUAUCGACAGGACAAUCACACAAGGGGAGCUGCUUCGAGUUUUUGAGAGGUUUCGCGGCUUCAAAGAGCUGAGGAUGCGAUCGCCGCCUGCCAGUCGCCUGAGAACGGCCUUCGCGGAGUUCGACAACGAACAUGCCGCACAUUUUGCCUUCAGAGUAUGA